AUGCCGCCGCGCCGCCGAGGAGCGUCGGGCUACCGCGGCGUCCGCCAGCGCCCCAAUGGCUCGUACUACGUUGAGAUCCGGUCCGACGACGUCCGGCUCGGCCUCGGCACCUUCCGGACUGCGCACGAGGCCGCCCGCGCGUACGAUGCGGCGGCGUGGCGCCUAGACAGGCCGCGCGUGCAGAUGAAGUUCCAGGACGUCCACACGCGACAGCAGGCGCAGGACGUCGCCCCUCCGCCUCGUCUUAUCACGGACCAAGACCGUGGGGAACACGCUCGGCUGCAGCGCCGCCUCCUCAUCGCCAAGGAGGACGAGCGGGCCAUGGCGGAGUGGCGCCGGCGCCACCCGGAUGAUGUUGCCGACGAGCAAGCCUACUGGGCGAAGCAGACGACAAAGCGCCGCGAGGAACGGUUGGACAGGCGUCGGCGGAAGGCCCUGGCAUUAUCGCAGUGCGAUAUCGUUGAAAAUGGUGGGUAG